AUGGCCCAGGGCCUGAACCUCGCCAUGCAGCUAGAAAACCAGGCUCAGGUCCCGAUCGGGAUUCCCAAUGCGUUACGUGCGACAUUCCAUCCCACGAUCCCGAACCCGCUCCCUGAGACACGGAAGGGCCAGCAGGCAAUAGCUGGCUCCCGGCCGGUGCAGGAUGCGAGCAGCAGACCAAUGCUGGAACCGGGACAAUCGACAGAGUCCACAUUGGCACCAUUGCGGACAACGCAUGCCUUGGAACAUCCCGUCAUGCGGGGACUGGAGGACCUGAGUAUGGUCUCAAGCCUGGCGCCGUCGACAACGCCCCACCAUUUCCCCCCUGUCCCGAUCAGGCCUCAAAAGCACGAGUCCGAUCAAGAGUCGGAAUCUUUGAUGAUCAGCGCCACUCUGCUGAACUCAACAAAGCCUGGUGAUGGGACAGUCAGAAGCGAGUCUGCUCAGAGCGCUCUCCAAGAGAGUCACCAGCAGGACCAGCAAGGAUACCAUCCAGUUGGCGCGUCGGCUGGCAAGCCGGAAGUCGACGAGGCAGUGCUGAAAGCCCAGGACAGCAUGACACGCGCCGACGAGAACACGCUGCUCUUGCUGCAGUGGGUGGGGAGCAUCGGCAUCCAGCUUCUGAUACUGAUUGCGGGUGUCCUGCAGAUCCCGGCCGGGAUCAAAGCGAAGGAUUCGGGAUUGGCAGCCGAUGGCAACGGAGAAAUGGUCAAAACAAAGCAACCUGCGCGGCUGCGCCUGGCAGUGCCUUGGCAGGAAUCGCGGAGAGACUACGACGGCGAGACAUGCGUUGGCUCGUCAGGUCUGGCCCCAGGAACUGCGUUUUCGGUACCAGGUAAAGCCAAGGCGGUGGGCGAGAGCGCGGCAGGACGACAGCGACAGUCAGAGAAGGAGGAUGAGGCAGAAUUUGAGGGUGUGAGAUGA